AAAAUGUACAUUACACAAAAACUCAAUCAUCCUGGAGAAGUGAAUCGAGCACGUUAUCAACCAGACCAACCUAAUAUUAUUGUAACCAAACAAAGAGAUGGCGAUAUAUUGAUUUACGAUCGUAAGAAAAGUGAUCCAUUGUUAACAUUAAAGGGACAUACAAUGGAAGGGUGGUAA